CGCACAUGUUUUCUCGCUGCUGGUUUUCCCGCCAUCACACAAAAAAAACGGGAUACAACUGACAGCAUUUUCCUGCAGUUGCACGUUUUCAACCCCUAAACCGAUGAUGAUGAUGACCGUCGCGUCGUUGGAUUAGAAUGGGGGGAUGAAAAAUGGGAGACAACCCACUUUGGCAUUCCGAGUGUUGGUUGUGUUGUCACGGUCGCCCGAUCUAACCUGCCGAGGUGCCCGUUUGGGAUGAGGAAGGUACAAAUUUGCGGACGUAAAAACCGUUUCGUUCUAUACACAAUAACGAACAAUGACGAUGAUGAUGAUGAUGAUCAGAAAAUGAAUUUGAUUGACUGUUCCCGUGCGAGAGAGCGCAUUUUCACAGGGUACUUACUUAUCCCGCCCCAGUCGUUACGAGCGAUCCGGUACGAGUGGACGACGACGUUGGUCCGGUCGAUCUGUUGGAUUUUUCCUCCGUUUCCCAGUUUGGGGAAAAUCUUCCCACGGAGAACUUUCGAGUCGAAGUGUUGAGUGUUGGUGAGCUUUUCGCGUUUCGGGUUUGUCUCCUGGAUCCUUUGGAGAAAGUUUUUCCCCGGAAAUCGUUCGACGAGAGAGAAAAAAAAGUGCCAACCCUCGGAGGAAAUGAUCCUACGAAAAGUGUCCCCAGCUGCUUUAUGGUGAUCAUAAUGAGGAAAAACACAACCAUGGCCGAAGGAGAAUGCUAAAAAGUAAAAAUAAAUCGGACCAAACGAAAAGCGGCGGAAAAGAGGCGUGCAAAAAAGUUCCCACAGUUUCCUCUUGAAAUGUGACAAUGACCGUCCGAACGACAGAAUCUCAAACGAAAAGACUGAUAAGUUUACCACCGCCAUCAACAAUAAAAUCAACUUCCAAAUAAUCGACCAAGAAUAGUGCCAUUGCUAGAGAGAGAAUAUGAAAGUUUAGUUAAAUUAGUUAGUAACUUAGCCGAAAACGACCGAAACGGCGCGACACCCAAAUGCAAUACCACGAAGAUGAGUACGAGAGGGACUUUUCAUUCGAGCCGGAAAUCAUUUUGAGACGCAAGGACUCGCUGUGUAUCCAGCGGGAAAAGUAUCAACACCGGAAGCGCCAGAAGCGGCGGAAAGAUUUCAAACAGCACCAGAUUGUGGUCAUUGCUAGCGCAGGAAGCAGUGGAGAGACCGCCGGCACACUGGAGGGGAAGCUGGACGAGGGCAGGGAGAGCGCCGACAAAGUGGAGCAGGGUACAAGUGGGGGUGGUGAUGGCCUGGGUGUUCCCGGCGCUGUUGCUGGGAAGUCGAAAAAACGAACAGUUUCCUGGCAAAUCGACUCCGACCCGGGGGAACCGAUUCCGGAUGUACCGGUGGAGGUCGAAGCUCCCAAUGAUGCGUUGGAUUCCGACGAUCGGGAAGAGAUCAAACGGAAUCCCAUCGAGCUAGAGCUAGAAGAGUUUUACUAUAUGUAUGGCCGCUACACCAAAGAUCUAGGAGAAUACGCCAAAGAUGAAGCGCGAAGACUCAGGCUUCUUGAACGAAGACGAAAAAAAGACGAUAAAGAAAGAAACAAAGAACUGUUGGGAGUGCGGGAUAACAAAUUUUUCAAAGCAUCCUCAUGGCUCUGGCGGAACACGUUUGCCCGGCUCGGCGAGGAUUGGGUCUUCCUGGCGCUGCUCGGCAUCAUCAUGGCCCUGCUGUCCUACGUGAUGGAUAAGGGCAUCUCGAUGUGCACCAACUCACGAGUAUGGCUCUACCGAGAUCUCACAAACCACCCGGUGGCCCAGUACCUGGCCUGGGUAUCGCUGCCGGUGUGCCUGAUCCUGUUCUCGGCCGGCUUCGUCCACCUGGUGGCACCGCAGAGCAUCGGUUCCGGCAUCCCGGAGAUGAAGACCAUCCUGCGGGGGGUGGCCCUCAAGGAGUAUCUCACCUUCAAGACGCUGGUGGCCAAGGUGAUCGGCCUGACGGCAACCCUCGGCUCCGGAAUGCCGCUCGGCAAGGAAGGCCCCUUUGUACAUAUAGCUAGUAUAGUAUCGCAGUUGCUAAGUAAAAUCAUCACGUCAUUCCAAUCGAUCUACGAGAACGAGAGCCGGAAUACGGAAAUGUUGGCCGCGGCCUGUGCCGUCGGAGUGGGCGCUUGCUUUGCGGCCCCGGUCGGCGGGGUGCUGUUCAGUAUUGAGGUAACGACGACGUACUUCGCGGUACGAAACUACUGGCGAGGUUUCUUCGCGGCCGUCUGUGGCGCCACGGUCUUCCGGUUGCUGGCCGUGUGGUUCCAGAAGGCCGAUACCGUGACGGCCCUGUUUGCCACCAGCUUCACCGCCGAUUUUCCGUUUGAUCCUCAGGAACUGUUUGUGUUUGCCCUGAUCGGAUUGAUAAGUGGCCUAGGUGGCGCAUCGUAUGUGUGGGUACACCGGAAAUACGUACUGUUCAUGCGAUCGAAUAAACGGAUGAACAAAUUCCUUCAGAAGAACCGCUUCCUGUAUCCGGGAAUCGUGUCGCUGAUUGUGGCGACGUUGUCCUUCCCUUUGGGCUUCGGACAGUUCAUUGCCGGGGAGUUGAGUACCCAUGAGCAGGUCCUGCAGCUGUUCUCCAACUUCACCUGGACCAAGCACGAGCUAACGGUCGAACAGGCUGCCGUGGUGUCCAACUGGCGGACGGCUUACACCGACGUUUUCGCCAAUCUCACCAUCUACCUUCUGUUUACAUUCUUCUUUUCGAUUGUGGCCUCAACCAUUCCGGUUCCGUCGGGUAUCUUCAUCCCGGUGUUCAAAAUAGGCGCAGCCUUUGGUCGUCUGGUGGGUGAAGCGAUGCACCUGUGGUUCCCGUACGGAGUUCGUUACGGAGGCCAUCUAGCGGCGAUCAUCCCUGGCGGCUAUUCAGUAGUUGGAGCGGCGGCAUUUUCCGGUGCUGUCACCCAUACCGUAUCGGUGGGUGUGAUUGUGUUUGAAAUGACCGGUCAAAUUACGCACAUCGUUCCGGUGAUGAUAGCGUCGUUGGUUUCGAAUGCGGUCGCUGCCCUCCUUCAACCUUCGAUGUACGACAGUAUCAUAUUGAUCAAGAAGCUACCCUAUCUGCCGGAUUUGUUGCCAAGUGGGUCCGGAAUGUACAACAUCUACGUGGAGGAUUUUAUGGUGAGGGAUGUCAAAUUCAUCUGGAAGGGAAUCUCGUACCAGCAGCUAAAGAAUAUUUUGAAAGCUAACAAAGGCCUUCGAAGUUUGCCAAUAGUGGACAGUCCGGAUAACAAGACACUGCUGGGAAGUGUUCAACGAUAUGAACUCAUCAAAAUAAUCGACAAACAUAUUGGUCGCGAAAAGCGGCUGGAAGUGGCGGCCAAGUGGCUGAAGGAAGCAGAAGAGAAGGCUCGGGAAGAGCAAGAAAGACUUAAACGAGAAGCAGAAGAGUUGCAACGAACCCGCCGGCCAUCUCGAUUCGAGGUCAGCCCGGCGCCGGACAUUCUGAAGCUUCGCGAACGUGCCAACAACGAAAUGUUACCUCCUCAGGCAAAGAAAGAAUCUACCUCGGCCUACAGUCCCGUUUUCGGUAGUCAACCGAAGAAAUCCAUCCUCAAAAAGACCAACUCAUUUACCCUCAAGGGCUUCACGCCUCUGUCACUGCACAGUCCCGUCCAGACGCCAUACACAACAAUCACCGGAACGGAGAGUCGAAUCCGGUCGGCAUUCGACAUCAUCUUCAAAAAGUCGGCCACCCUACAGGACGUCACCCCGGAUCCCGAAGUCGGUUCGAUCGGAACGCCCAGCAUCACCGGCACAGACGGAGUCCCACUCACCCCAGGAAUCUCGAAGAAGGUACAAUUGCCCCGGGAACGUGUCAUCGACAUGUCUCCCGAGGAUCAGAAGGCGUGGGAGCUGGAAGAAAUGAACAAACCAAUCGACGUUGAGGGUUUACACAUCGAUCCGGCACCAUUCCAGCUCGUCGAACGAACCUCGAUCCUCAAGGUCCAUUCGCUGUUCUCGAUGGUGGGCAUCAACCAUGCCUACGUGACGAACGUCGGCCAGCUGGUUGGUGUCGUUGCCCUCAAAGAGCUUCGAACGGCCAUCGAGAACGUCAACAGUGGCGCCCUCACGCCGGAAACGGUCAAGCAGAAGCAGGAAGAGGAAGCGCGGGCCAAGGCGGCCCAGAAAGAAGCAGAAAUAAUCGGUGCCUCAGCGGAGGAUCCGCUCCUGCCGAAGGACAGCUACAGCGAUAAGAAAGUAAAUACCACGAUCACCUCCAUGGACAGUGCCCUGUCCAACUCGGACAACUGUUCCGAUAUCGAGCUAGAACACACAACCAAGUACACAAGCACAAACGAAACCAACAACACAACCACUACCAGCAACAGUAAUAACAACAAUGGUGGACACACAAACAAUAACAACAGUAACAACAACAACGGUGGCAUCAAUCAUUAGUCUGUGUGUGUAGUUGUGUGUUGGUGCGUGGGAACAACUUUACACAAAAGUCCACUUUGUCCAACGUUUCGAAUAUCCAUCGUCAUCACCACUACCAGUAAAUGAUACUUCAGUAUGGAAGGCGUUCUAACAAGUGGGUUUCUGUGUUUGUUUGUGUUCGUGCUAAAUGGAGAAUGAUAAACUGUGUGAAAAGGAAGACACACUCACAAUACACGCCCACACAGUGAAACACUCCACACUCACUCAAAACUGUUUCUCACAAUCAUCAACCGUCGAAGGGAUUUCGCCAUCGAAAGCAUACAAAAGAGAUAUUUAAAAGUUAAGAGUAUUCACCAGAAGCAUACUGGCAGCAUUUCAAACGUGCAGAAUCGAACAAAUUGUCAUGUGACGAAUGAUCGAAUGAUCGAAUGAAAAUUUAAAAAAAAAAGGCGAAAGCCCGGACGGAACGAAAGAUUUCAAAGAACCCCAUCCUUCCAGUUGCUGCAAUUAAAAUCCGAAAACUUUAUCCAGAUCGACCCAGGAUCGUGGAUGGAUGGCUGAAAAUAGGAAGACCCGUAACAUCAUCCAGCAGUUGUGAUUCUAGAUUUACUACAGAUGGGGGCGAAUCCAAAAUGGGGCCUUUAUUGUUGUGUAUAGAGUUCUUUUAGAUUAAGUCGACCCCCCCCCCAGUUGCUAAGUAGUGUUGCAAAUAUUAGUAAGUUAGUAGGAUUACUAGUGAGUGCCUUCGAUUAACGAAUGUGCGUUCGACGACGAGGGGUCCCCCAUUAAGAUACAUAUUUAAGUGUGUAACGUUAACUUGUGUUUACCUUUUCCGGAUAAAGAAAAAAGAAAUCUGUGUUUUGUUAUCACUAGUUCAUCCACCGCAAGCGGUAUAGUCAGCAGGACCCACAACACAUCGAAAAGAAAUUAUUCAUUCGUUUUUUUUUCUAGCCAUAGAAUGGCGAUUCACUUGUACAGAAAGUUCUAAAGUAGGUUAUGCUAGGCGCACACGACGAUCCCACCCGAGGAGGUCGUGAUCGAUAAAAGACAUUUAUUAACCAUUCGCGGAUAUCGGAUAUCUGAACUUCCGGGAGGAAUAAAAUAGAGAAUCGCAGCCGACCAACACAGGACGGUCCUCUCACAGACUUGUUUAUUUUUUCUAAAUCUAACUAGAACAAUGCUUGUUAUUUUUAGCGAAAACCGAAACAGCAAAGAGCGAUAUUUAAACAUAAAUCCUGUUUCAAAAAGUUA